AUGGUGCUACCCGAAUGGCUAAACCUCACCACGACGGAGCGACAGUUCCUACGAGAGAAUAAUUUCAAGCAAACAAUUCCCCAAGUGAAGGCUGAAGAUGGUGAGGAAAUUACUUAUGAAACAGCCACAACCACGCUGAGGAGGGCUGUCCACUUCUUUGCGGCAUUGCAAGCCAGUGACGGCCAUUGGCCGGCCGAGAAUGCUGGCCCUUUGUUCUUCCUACCACCAUUGGUGAGUCUUCUCAAUUGUAAUUACUAG